AUGCGCGGCUCAUUCAGCCGCUUCGGUGCACCGGCUAAUCGCAAGGAUCCGCUCACGAAAGGUGACCUUGCUUCCGCCGUCGCGCGCCUGCGCCCGGACAACAACUACGACGACUCCCUCUUCAUCGCCCAACUUCUAGUGGGGUUUUACGCUCUCCUGCAGUCAGGCGAACUCGUGGUGCCCGACCGCGUGCAGCUGCACGGGUCUCUCCCCACGUGCUCCUGGUUCAUGGCCCGGCUCCGACGACUCUUCCCGCCGUCGAUCGCCGGCCACUCCAUGCGCGCUGGCAGAGCUACCGCCCUCGCGGAGGCAGGUGUCCCACCCGACCGCAUCCAAGCCGCGGGGCGUUGGUCCUCAGAGGCAUUCAAAGUUUACAUUCGCAAGCAUCCCGCCCUCCUCGCCGCACUCACCGCCUAG